AUGGAGGUUGAAGCCGUGGAUUCAAAACCCUCUGGACGAUGGGUGUUAGAGAGGAAAUUAGCUACCUCAGAUGUGCCCGAGGAGGAACAGAUCAACCUGAUCAAGGAUUUAGAGCGAAAAGAGACGGAAUUUAUGCGACUUAAAAGGCACAAGAUAUGUAUUGAUGAUUUUGAGCUUUUAACCAUCAUUGGGAGGGGGGCCUUUGGUGAGGUCCGAUUGUGUCAGGAGAAGAAAUCUGGCAAUAUUUAUGCCAUGAAAAAGUUGAAGAAAUCUGAAAUGGUUAAGAGAGGACAGGUGGAGCACGUUAGAGCUGAGAGGAACUUGCUGGCAGAAGUAGCCAGCCAUUGCAUUGUGAAACUUUAUUACUCAUUUCAGGAUGCUGAGUAUUUGUAUUUGAUUAUGGAAUAUCUGCCUGGCGGGGACAUGAUGACUCUGCUGAUGAGGGCAGACACCUUAACAGAAAAUGUGGCUAGACUGCCCUUGUCUUCAGUUCACGCUAUCCUUUCUACUUGCAUAAGACUGACUAGAAAUUGGAGCUUUCCUGUUAAUGCUUGUCUUGUAUUCUAA